AUGAUCGAGGAUGACUGCUCAGACAACGGCAUCCCCCUCCCCAACAUCACCAGCAAGAUCCUCUCCAAUGUCAUUGAGCACUGCAAGAAGCAUGUCGAGGUGGAUGCCAACAAGAAACCCAAUGACCGCUCCAGGGACGAGGAGCUCAAGGCCUGGGAUGCGGAUUUCGUUAAGGUCGAUCAAGCGAUCCUCUUCGAUCUUAUCCUGGCAGCAAACUAUUUGAACAUUAAGAGGUUGCUCGAUCUGACUUGCCAAACAGUGGCUGACUUGAUAAAGGGAAAGACUCCCGAAGAGAUCUGCCAAACAUUCAACAUCAAGAAUGAUUUCAUUCAACAUCAAGAAUGAUUUCACUCCUGAGGAAGAAAAAGAGGUCCGAUGGGAGAACCAAUGGGCUUUUGAGUAAAUGAAACCUCUGACCACUACUUACCAUGUGUUGAUCAUACAUAUACAUGAUUAGGGUUGGCGUCUUUGUAGUUUUUAAGUGUAUAGAGGGGUUGGUUGCAGGCAGACUAUGGAUACUUGCUUCCAACCUCAUAUUU